UUAGUUCACAUUGACCAGCUGAUCUCGCUUCGCGCUAGACGCAAUAAUUACAUAUACACAUCUGGCAUCGGCGCUCACAAGCUGCACAUCGAAGCAGCCUCUUGGAAUUCGGCUCGGCAUAAUUGUCAAGAUGAAGGUGGUCACUUGGCAAUCAUUAACUCCGUGGAAGAGGCUCAAGUCAUCCGUGAACUCGUCGAUACAGCAGACAUAGAAACGAUUUGGAUCGGUGCCCACGACUUGUUUAACGAGGAUGAAUUCGUAACCAUAGAAGAUGAAUCGAUAUAUAAAGCAGGAUACAGCAUGUGGGAAAGAGGAGAGCCAAACAAUGCGGGGAGUAACGAACAUUGUUUAGCCGUUAAAAAAGAUGGCAAGUUUGACGAUCGGGAUUGCAAACAGGCCUUCAGCUACGUAUGUGAGAUACGUUACCCCCAGGUCUAUGUAUAGAAAGGAUCUGUUCAUGCGGCAACUGCCCCAAAUUCCGAUUAUUAAGUUUCAUAACGAUUAUUAAAUUUCGUAAUAUGCUAAGCCAGAAAAGUAGUACAUAAUUCAGCGUUACUCUUAUUCGUUGAUAUUAUAUAUAGAACAAUGGUAUAUAUUGCUAGAAACUCAAGUGGAAAUAAAUGGUCAAUUUUGUAAAGCGAUUCGAGUAUAAUGUACGAAAGAAGUCGUUGUAACGAUGAAUAAAAUUCGAUAGCAUUAAUUUAUUUAACGAUUUCGAAAUAAAUACAGAAAAGUACAAACAAAUGCUGAUCCUUUUUUCAACUUGGAUUACGCUUAUCCGUUAUCUGGAGCGUAGAGGAUUGCCGCUAGCUGGUUAGAAUAUCGAUCAAAAUAUUACCUCGGCGUGAUAAAAAAUUUCAAUGGAUACCUCGCACUUAUGCGUGAAGAAAAAUUGAACCUCGCGCAUAACAGAAUUAAAAAUGCAUUCUCAAACUAAUCUCAUGAUCGAGUCGAUCAGCCAACGAUUCGCAUAAUCGCGACUGUGGGCGCUGUAAAAAAGAUCAACUCUGGCGUAGAGGUGAACCAG